CUGCUGCUGCUGCCCUCUCGCUCUAUGUGCUGACGCCGCCCGGCCCGGCGGCCCCCCGACAGCUGCGCCCAUGUACAGCAUGAUGAUGGAGACGGACCUGCACUCCCCCGGCGGGGCCCCCGUGGCCACCAGCCUGGCCGGGCAGACCGGAGCCGGGGGAGGAGGCGGCGGAGGAGGAGGAGGUGGCGCUGCCGCCGCCAAGGCCAACCAAGACCGGGUCAAGCGGCCCAUGAACGCCUUCAUGGUGUGGUCGCGGGGCCAGCGGCGCAAGAUGGCCCAGGAGAACCCCAAGAUGCACAACUCGGAGAUCUCCAAGCGGCUGGGCGCCGAGUGGAAGGUCAUGUCGGAGGCCGAGAAGCGGCCCUUCAUCGACGAGGCCAAGCGGCUGCGGGCGCUGCACAUGAAGGAGCACCCGGAUUACAAGUACCGGCCCCGCCGCAAAACCAAGACCCUGCUCAAGAAAGACAAGUACUCGCUGGCCGGGGGGUUGCUGGGCGCCGCGGGGCCCGGCGGCGGCCCUCCCGUGUCCAUGGGUGUCGGUGUCAGCCCGGCCGGCGUGGGGCAGCGCCUGGAGAGCCCCGGCGGCGGCGGAGGAGGAGGUGGAGGCGGGGGCGGCGGCGGGGGCUACCCGCACAUGAACGGCUGGGCCAACGGCGCCUACCCGGGCUCGGUGGCUGCGGCAGCGGCGGCGGCGAUGAUGCAGGAGGCGCAGCUCGCCUACAGCCAGCACCCCGGCGGAGGGGCGCACCCGCACGCCCACGCGCACCACCCGCACCCGCACAACCCGCAGCCCAUGCACCGCUACGACAUGGGCGCCCUGCAGUACAGCCCCAUCUCCAACUCGCAGGGCUACAUGAGCGCCUCGCCCUCCGCCUACGGGGGCCUCUCCUACGGCGCCCAGCCCCACCAGAACUCCGCGGCCGCGGCUGCAGCGGCGGCCGCGGCGGCUGCGGCCGCUUCGUCGGGGGCGCUGGGCGCGCUGGGCUCCCUGGUCAAGUCCGAGCCCAGCGUCAGCCCGCCCGUCACCUCGGCGCACUCGCGGGCCCCCUGCCCCGGGGACCUGCGAGAGAUGAUCAGCAUGUACUUGCCCGGCGGCGACGGGGGGGACCCGGCGGCUGCUGCGGCUGCUGCGGCGGCGGCGGCCGCGGCGCAGAGCCGCCUGCACUCCUUGCCGCAACACUACCAGGGCUCCGGCACGGGGGUCAACGGCACGGUGCCCUUGACGCACAUCUGAAGUCCCCCCUCCCGGCCCACCGACGGACGCGCCCGGCCAAGGAGACCCCCGCCUCCCCCGGCUCUGCCCCUGCCCGGACGCCCGAGUCCCGACCGGCUGGACAGAACAGCAUAGCGGACAGACAGACAGACAGACAGACAGACAGACACGGGGAGAGAAGUUGGGCGGUGCGGGGAGAGAGGAAUUGCCCUGGGAACGGAAGCGCAGAGUGGGGGAGGACCCAAGGCAGAGAAGGCGACAUUGGCCGAAGGAAACUCCUGGCCCCCUCCUUGCCCCCCUCUCACCCCUAAGGACCAGUUUCUAAAACUGGAGGGGACUUGUUUUUUUUUCCUAUGUUGAUGUUGCGUUUUAGACGGACAGUCUGUGUUUUAACUAAAAGAAUUUUUUGUACAGUAUUUAUCAUUCACCCAGGAGGCACAGAUGAUUUUAUUUGCUGGGGAUGGGGGGAAGACAGAGAGAGAGACAGAGAGAGAGGGAGAACAAAUGACUAUAAAUAUUGAAAAUACAAAGAUCUAGGGGGAUGCCAACUUUUUUUUUUUGUCGCACAGAAGCUUUAAAGUAGUCACGGCUUCUUGUGAAGACUGUCAGUUAAUUGCCUAAGAGAAACAAAGAUAAUGGGCUCGUUUGUUACACAUCUACCGAGGAUGCAAAUCCAAAACCAAGCUUAAACUUUUUUUUGUAGUUCUUACACCGUAAGGUUUGCUUUGGGAGGGUGGGAGGGGAGGUUACUUUUGUUUGUUUUAUUUAUUUAUAAAACUCCUUUUUUGCCAGCAACCACAAUAUUCCAGAUUUUGUAAAAGUCUGCAUUUUUUCCCCUUUUGUUAACUUUUUUUUGUAUUUUUUCUUGUAAAUGCAUUGUGGGAUAAUUUUAAUUCGUUUUAGGCGUUGCAAGGGAAUUUAAAAUGUGUAUAUAGUUUACUAAAAAAAAGCAUUUCAGCUAAAAAGGAAAACAAAUAAAAAUUUAAAGAUGAGUUCGAUUCUGAGUUAAAUCAAUUUAAAAGUGAAACUGGAACCAGUCAGUCCAAAUGUACUAAUUCAUGGCAUGCCUUAAAACUAGAGAUUGGAAAUUGAUUAUAUGUAUAAAUAUAACAUGGAACAUUAAUUAUAAUGAGGGGGGAAAUCUCGACUUGGGUUUAGACUACUCACAGUUUCUGUGAAUGAGAAAACCCCGAAGGGAACAAACUUUUUUUUCCAAAAAAAAAAUUAUAAAUCUAUAUAUAUGGUGUAGUUUUGGGAUAUUAUUUUAAUAUCUGUUGAGUAUUGUUAAGGAAGGCGACCUAUUAAAAUACUUUCCAUAGCACUGAUUGUUACUUUGUUUAUUUAUGGAACAUGAAAUGAGUUUCUAGAUUAUUAGGUUUUCUGUCUUCAAGUAGCAUAGGAGUUUAAAUAGGGAUGGAUAAUAUUCUAUCUUUCGUGUCCCUUGGGACAGAAGUCAGAUUAAAUAAUUUCACCAUCACUGGGUUUGGCACGAUGUGUAGCAGAGCUACAAGAAUUUUGAUGAUGAAUAAUAAUUGGGUUUAAAGAUAACAGAAAAUGAUGUCUGACUAUUUCCCACCCCACCUAGGAUCUAUAUUUUGCCCUGUGGGGUACUAACUUUCUUGUAAUACGGGAAAUAUUGAUACAUCAUUCCCCUUUGCUUCGCUUAGACCACAGUUUUGUUGUUGAGGAUAUCCUUACCGUUUGUGUACUGCUUUGAAAUUUGAUUUGAAAUGUCUCUCUGCCUUGCCUAACUAUGGAAGUAGAAAUUGGUAUGAAACUUUAUUUAACGGUUAGUGGGGAAAUUAAGUUGUGUUUUAACAUUUUAUUUUAACAUGGUUAUUUAAAGGUUGCAUUUGUAAAGGGAGGGGAAUUACCAUGUGGAAAACCAAAUGCAGGAUUAUUUCCCUUUAUUCAUUUCUUCAUAUCAGCUGGCAAACAAUUCCCCAAGUCAUUUAUCUUGCAGUAACUCGUUAAGUCCCUAUUGAGUCUGUGGGUGGGCUUCAGUUUACUUUAGAGUAGAGCUACCUGGAGAUACUCUUGUAUCUUCAUCCUAAACACAUUACUUAAAUCCCUUAGAUUUCAAGGGAUCUAAUUCUUGGGUGAUGUGUUGGAAGUCUGUAAGACCGCAUGGAUUCCGAAACUUAUUUUAGAAACUGUUUAAUUGUAUUGCUUUACUGCACCACUGUAAGCCUCUCAUAUCCAUUUGAAUUACUCAUUCUUGCAAGUGGUUGCAAAUUCUAAGAAAUUCCUAUUGCUUUCUAUCAAAGUAAUAAAAACUCUUUCCCUUU